AUGAUUAAACGUGGUGCCGAGCUCAGAGAGAAAGAAAUCAAUGAAGCCGGUGGAAUCAACGGUAUGAAGUUGGCCCUGGUUUUUGAGGAUGAUGCCGGCAAAGAUGCAGAGGCAAGCCUCGUAGCAGAACGCAUCGCCAGUAACUUGCAAAUCCUUGCAGUUGUUGGACACUUUAACAGUUCCUGCUCGUUGGCGGGUAAGCCAAUUUACAAACGGGCUGGUAUCGUCGAGCUGUCGCCUGGCUCCACAAAUGUGACCGUUUGCGAGGGAAGCGACUGGACAUUCCGCAACUUGUAUCGGGACGAUUUCCAAGGGAAAUUCAUCGCCCGAUAUAUUGACGAAAUCCUGACAGAGGUGCGAUCUGUUGCCGUCUUUUUUGAUAACGACGAUUACGGGCGCGGUUUAAGAAACGCAUUCGCCGCAGAAGCCGAAAGAAUAGGACUUGACCUCGUCGCUUCGGAAGCCUACGAUCGGGAUAAUACCGAUUUUAAAGCACAACUCACGAGUAUUAAGUCGAAAAACCCAGACGCUAUUUUCGUCUCUGGGCUCUAUAGUGAAGCAGGUUUGAUUAUCAAACAGGCGCGCGAGACGGGGAUCACGGCACAGUUUUUCGGAGCCGAUGGUGUGGACUCACCAGAUUUCCUCAUAAUUGCAGGGGCCUCCGCAGAGGGAGCUCAUCUGACGACGCCUUUUACGUUUGGUGCAGCUGGAGAAAACGCCCUACAGAUGGCAACUAAUUUUGAGGAACUUCACGGAGUGGCACCCGAUACGUGGGCUGCAUUGACGUAUGAUGCUGUUGGAAUGAUUGCGGAAGCUCUUGAAAAAACCUAUAAUCCGGAAGCAUCCAUUGCAGAGAAUCGAAAAGCUAUCCGCGACCAUUUGGCAUCCUUGGAUACGCCAGAGGAAGGCUACACAGGCGUUACAGGGUUAACCUAUUUCGAUAGAAAUGGUGAUACGGUUAAUAAACCAGCUUACGUGAAAAUUGUGAAAGAUGGAGAAUUUGUUGCAGCCGAUCAACAACUACUUGAAUUAGAAUAA